UGUAACAAAAUGUAUUAUUGUGGAAAAGAAUGUCAACAAAAAGAUUGGAUUCAACAUAAAUUUGAAUGUAAAUUUUUUAAAAAAAAUCUUGAACAACUAAAUGCUAUUGAACAAACAGAUGAUAUAUUUUUUCGAUUUGUUUUACGAUUGAAUCUGUGUUUGGAACACAAUGUAGAAAUUUUGCACGAACGGCGUAAAUUUUUAAACGAUGAUGAAAAUUCGGCCGUUUGUCUUGAUGGUAUCUUCAGAGAGAAAUAUAAACCGAAAAAUGAACAAUAUGAUUCUCAUUUUAUUUAUAUGUUUCAACAAUUCAAAUUGCUGAAAAUGGAAUGGCAUCCGGUAAGAAUGGCAAUAUGUCAUAAAUUAUGUCAUGAAUAUGGAUUGACAAUUUUCGAUUAUGAAAUGAAUAAAUUAGGCUUUGGUUUAUAUAUUGCCGAAUCACAAUUAGAACAUUCUUGUUCACCAAGCGCAAAAUUAUUGUUCAAUGGUACUCAACUUGUGAUGCGAUCCACUAAACGAAUCAAAACUGGUGAAAAAAUUACCAUCAAUAAUAUUAAAUUUUCACGGCCACCAGAAUGGCUUGUACCAGAAUUCAGAAUGCAUUAUAAUUUUUCAUAUAUGUGUAUAGAAUGUGCAUCGGAAAAUAGGUAUCAUUCCCUGAGAGGAUUACGACAAAUAUUUUUUGAAAUGUUUUCAGCAUCUAAGUCGAAUGAUUUGAACGAAAUUUGUAGAACUACAAAAGAAAUGAUAUCAAUUUUGAACAAUAUCUGUUAUGAAUGUGAUUUGAGUCUAAUUUUACAAAAAAUUAAUUUUUUGGAAGAUUACGUUAUCAUUCAUAAUGAUGUUGAAGAAUUAUCUGUUGCAGAACUGGCAAAACAAACUGAAAUCAAACUUCCGUCUGCCUACAAUGAAAUAUUUGAAAAUACCUAUUUUAAUCGAGAAGAAAAGCCACAUGUCACUAUUGUGAAAGCAUUGGCAAAUGUUGAAUUCAAUGUUAAAAAUUGA